CAUUUAAUGACCACUCCCUCCUUUUGUUUUAUUUCAUCGUUAACGGAAUGAUGGAUGUGGUGAUUAAUUGGUUAGUGCGGGCGUUCCGGUUGGUUCUGAUCAGAAGUGACACGUACGAGUCAUCCCAUCAACGUUCAUCUGAACCAGCAGGGCAGAAUUCAGCAUGCCGCUGGCACGCAGUAUCUCAGUGACCUCCCUGUCGGGUCUGGAGGAGUGGGACGAGGAGUUCGAUUUGGAGGAUGCAGUUCUAUUUGAAAUCGCAUGGGAGGUGGCGAAUAAAGUUGGAGGCAUCUACACAGUGAUCCAGACGAAGGCGCGUUUGACCUGUGAGGAAUGGGGGGAAAACUACUUCUUAGUGGGGCCCUAUAUGGAGUCCAAUGUCAGGACCCAGGUUGAGUUGAUUGAACCCCCAAACGCAGCACUGAGGAGGACCAUCGACAAGAUGAACAGCAGUGGCUGCAAGGUGUAUUUUGGCCGUUGGCUGAUUGAAGGCUCUCCGUAUGUGAUCCUGCUGGAUGUUGGUUUCACCGCCUGGUCUCUGGACCGCUGGAAGAGUGAAUUAUGGGAAAACUGUGCCAUCGGGGUGCCCUGGUUCGACCGGGAGGCCAACGACGCCGUCCUGUUCGGCUUCCUCACCGCCUGGCUGCUCGGAGAGUAUGCAGCGCAGUGUGAAGAUCCUCCACACAUCUUGGCUCAUUUUCACGAGUGGCUGGCUGGACUGGGGCUGGUUUUAUGCCGACAGAGGCACUUGCCUGUAGCAACUAUUUUCACCACACACGCCACGCUGCUCGGCCGAUACCUGUGUGCCGGAAACGUGGACUUCUACAACAACCUAGCAGAGUUUAAUGUUGAUAAGGAGGCAGGCGAUAGACAGAUCUACCACCGCUACUGUUUAGAGCGGGCUGCAGCACGCUGUGCUCACGUCUUCACCACUGUGUCGAAGAUCACAGCCAUCGAGGCUGAACACUUGCUCAAACGGAAACCAGAUAUCGUGACUCCUAACGGUCUGAAUGUGAAAAAGUUCUCGGCCAUGCACGAGUUUCAGAACCUCCACGCACAGAGCAAAGCUCGCAUUCAGGAGUUCAUCAGAGGCCAUUUCUAUGGGCAUUUAGAUUUUAACCUGGAUAAAACCGUGUUUCUCUUCAUUGCUGGACGCUACGAGUUCUCAAAUAAAGGAGCUGACGUUUUCCUUGAAGCGCUGGCCAGACUCAACUACUUACUGAGGGUGAACCACAGUCAGGUUACGGUUAUAGCGUUCUUCAUCAUGCCUGCUCGCACCAACAACUUUAACGUGGAGACGCUGAAGGGUCAAGCCGUACGGAAACAGCUCUGGGAUACAGCCCAGACUGUGAAAGAACGCUUCGGGAAGAAACUCUACGAAUCGCUGCUCGUCGGGCAGUUGCCAGAGGUGUCGAAGAUGUUAGACAAGGAGGAUUUCACCAUGAUGAAGAGAGCCAUCUUUGCCACCCAGCGCCAGUGUCUUCCUCCCAUCUGCACCCACAACAUGCUGGAGGACAGCACGGACCCCAUCCUCACCGCCAUCCGCCGCAUCGGCCUCUUCAACAGCUCUCAGGAUCGCGUCAAGGUCAUCUUCCACCCAGAGUUUCUGUCCUCCACCUCCCCGCUGCUGCCGAUGGACUAUGAGGAGUUUGUUCGAGGCUGCCAUCUUGGAGUCUUUCCUUCCUACUACGAACCCUGGGGAUACACACCAGCGGAAUGCACCGUGAUGGGUAUUCCCUCCAUCUCCACUAAUCUCUCUGGGUUUGGCUGUUUUAUGGAGGAGCACAUAGCUGACCCAACGUCUUACGGGAUUUAUAUUCUGGACCGGCAGUUUCGCAGCGUGGACGACUCGUGUAACCAGCUGACCUCCUUCCUGUUCCAGUUCUGCCAGCAGAGCCGCAGGCAGCGCAUCAUCCAGAGGAACCGCACAGAACGCCUCAGUGACCUGCUGGACUGGAGAUAUCUAGGCCGGUAUUAUGUGGCUGCUCGCCAUAUGGCUCUAGCCAAAGCCUUUCCUGAAAGCUUUGUGUACGAGCCCCAUGAUCCAACCUCGACUACGGGCUUCCGUUACCCCCGUCCUGCCUCGGUGCCACCCUCGCCUGCUCAUUCACUCCAUUCAUCUCCACACCACAGCGAGGCUGAGGAUGAGGAUGAGGCAUAUGAUGAAGAUCUGGAGGCUGAGAAAGACCGCCUGAACAUCCGGCAACCUUUCGGUAUGCCGAACAAGAAUAAAACCCUGGCUGCCGACGUACCAGAGAAAAACUAAUGUGCACACACACACACGCACGCGCGCGCGCACAGCUGACCUGUUCACUGCCUAUUGGUUAUUUCUGGAAUUUGAAAAGUAAACCGACGUAUUUAUUUUAGGAAACUACUGUUCACAUGAAGUUACUGUAUGCUGUUUCAACAAUAGGCGAAUUGCUGUCUUCUGCACUUGCUAUUAGAUUCUGAACGCUCAAGAUAUGUUUAGAUAUUUUUAUUCAAGAUGAUGAAAUGCCGCUUCAGUAUGAAGUUGAAUAGUAACAGUAGCCGGUUUGUGUGUGAGGAACAGCAGUCUGUUCUGUUCUCCAGUACUAUACUACUUCGAAAGAACCAGUUAAGCUGAAAGUACGCUUUUUACCAAAAACAGAGGGAUUAUCAUGAUUAUUAAUACAAGGGAAGGCAUUUUACAACAAACCAGCAUCAGUGUAAAAAAAGAGAGAGCGAGAGAAAGAAAGACUGUGCUAGAUCAAUCAAUCUACAAGAUCACUGGAUCUGUCUGAUCUUUUUUUUUUUUCCUCUCUCUAGUAUUCUCGAACCUUGUCCCAGUUUUAUGGUAGUCAAGGCACAGAAGAGGUAGAAAGCUGUUCUGUUUUAGACCAUAAUUUCAUAUAUAUCAGAUAAUAUACAUAUAAAUUCCAAGGAUGUAAGUGUUGCCGUGCUGCAAGAAUAAAUCUGUAUUUUUCAGAUGUCUUGUACGUGGACUCUGUUUUUGUAAUGACGACGACGCGCAGAAAAUAUGCAACCUCACUCAAAAUUAAUGUGAUAGGCACUUGAAUGUAAGGCUGUUACUUAUGUACUGUAUGUACACACCAUUUUGAAAUUGUCACUUGUAGAACAGAAAUUAAAGUGUAUAUGUGCAUCAUUACAAA